CAAACUUGACGUCCAAGCGAUCGACCUAAUUGUUUUUUCUACUAAAUAUUCAUUCUGUUUCCUAUCUCUCUCCCUCCAUUUAUGCUGACUUGAAAACAGUUGGUUUGCAUGAUUCCUUCUGCAGUUGCAAAAAGUAACGUCUCUGUGAGAGGAGACCGAGAAAAGAAAUUAAAGCCCGAUUUCGGAUGGGCGUAAGAGCUGCAGGGAAGAGAAAUGACAUGGUCUAAUAGUGAUGAAGAAAACAACAUAGCCACUUCAACAACUCAUCAAUUUCGGACACUAAUCUGCCCUUCAUGCGGCCAUACCAUUAAACUACAAGACUAUAAGAGUAGUGGGAUUCAAGAUUUGCCUGGGCUGCCAGCUGGGGUGAAGUUUGAUCCAUCUGAUCAAGAAAUUCUACAACAUUUGGAGGGAAAAGUGAUGUCUGAUACGAGGAAGAUGCACCCAUUAAUCGAUGAAUUUAUUCCAACUAUCCUUGGUGAAAAUGGGAUUUGUUAUACUCAUCCAGAGAAGCUACCAGGAGUAAGCAAAGACGGCCAAGUCCGCCACUUCUUCCACCGACCCUCAAAGGCGUACACAACCGGGACCCGGAAGCGGCGGAAGGUGCACAACGCCGACCCCGACUCAUCCUUCGGAGGCGGCGAAACAAGGUGGCACAAGACCGGAAAAACCCGGGCCAUCUCCGCGGCCGGAAACAUCAAAGGCUACAAGAAGAUCCUGGUUCUGUACACAAACUACGGGCGGCAGCGGAAGCCGGAGAAGACGAAUUGGGUGAUGCAUCAGUACCACUUUGGUGAGAGCGAGGAGGAGCGAGAUGGCGAGUUCGUCCUCUCUAAGGUAUUUUAUCAAACACAGCCCAGGCAAUGCGGCUCCUCCGCCAAGGAAGACGCCGUCAAAUCGGCCUCCGAUUAUUACAUUUCAUACCAAAAUGUCAACAGAGACGGCUCAACUCCGGUGAUUCCGAAUUUGGUUGUGAAUGGUGAGAGAUCGACGUCGUUUAUUCGGUUGCCUUCGGGUGGAAGCAAAGGGAACUGAAGUAAAGAUAAAGGGGAUUUGUGUUUUAUUUCUUGAUUAGGUUAAUUAGGGUUUUAUCACUUUUGGGGUAAUAACUUAAGAUUCAUGCGAUCAAAAUGGCGUAAAGGUGAUGUGUGGAGUUUUGAACUAUAAAUAGUUUUUGAGAUUAUUGAUUUCAUCAUUUAUUUUUAUUAGUAUAAUGUUGCAUGGAUCGAUUAGUAUACGUAUUAAGGUAGGAAAAUGAGGUGUUGUAUAUUUCAGUGGGACAACAUAAAUAAACUUGUGACUGCUGCUGAAUUAUUUCGUGAA